GUAUGUUGGAAUGGACUCAACAGCAACGGGUUUGGUGUUUUUUGUUUUUUUUUUUUUUGGUUUAUAUUGCCUCACUUUUGAUAGGAAUUUUGAAAUGGAUAUCCUAAUCUGGUGUUUAAGAUCAAUUACAGGGUCCAAGGAUUAAUUAUAUUUCAUUUUCUUUCCACAGUUAAGUUGAUUUUACAGAAUUAACAGGUCUCCAAGAAAUAAAAAAAAGGUCAUUAAUUGCUGUUGUUUGAGCUCAGCAUGGCUGUAGUCAUCCGUUUACUGGGGCUUCCUUUUAUUGCGGGGCCUGUGGAUAUUCGUCACUUCUUCAAGGGAUUGACUAUUCCUGAUGGAGGAGUGCAUAUAAUUGGAGGGGAAAUUGGGGAGGCUUUUAUUAUUUUUGCAACAGAUGAAGAUGCAAGACGUGCCAUAAGUCGUUCAGGAGGGCUUAUCAAGGAUUCAUAUGUAGAGCUUUUUCUUAGUAGCAAGGCAGAAAUGCAGAAGACUAUAGAAAUGAAAAGAACUGACCGCACAGGAAGAAAGCGACCAGGAUCUGGGGGAUCAGGGGCUGGCAGCCUAUCUAAUUUUGCUGGGGCUGUUAAGGAAGAAGCAAGUAAUUCUGGAUAUCAGGAUGCUGAGUUUCAUACUAAUGGUACAGGACGUGGUGAUUUAAAGCCAAGGAGCACACGGCCAGCGAGAGCCAAAAAUCCUUACUUAUUUCUACGGGGUUUGCCUUAUUUAGUAAAUGAAGAUGAUGUACGUGUUUUUUUUGCUGGUUUGUGUGUGGAUGGAGUAAUUUUCUUAAAACUUCACGAUGGCCGAAAUAAUGGUGAUGCCAUAGUAAAAUUUGCUUCAUGUGUUGAUGCUUCAGGAGGUCUUAAAUGUCAUAGAAGUUUUAUGGGUUCAAGAUUUAUAGAAGUGAUGCAAAGCUCAGAACAACAGUGGAUUCAUUGUGGUGGUAAGCAGGAUGAAGUUCCUAUGAGAACUGAAGAACAUUCUCCAGCAAGAGGAAUCAAUGAUAGACAUUCUCGAAAACGGUCUCAUUCAAAAUCUUCUAGAAGAACACGUUCUCGUUCCCCUGUUGGACAUUAUGUUCAUUUAAAAAAUCUCUCUCUAGGUAUUAGCAAAAGAGAUUUAAGAAAUUUCUUUAGAGAUACUGAUCUGACUAAUGAACAAAUUACAUUUUUAUAUAAAAAUGAAAAAAGAACAAGAUACGCCUUGGUGAUGUUCAAGACUCUGAAAGACUUUUAUACUGCUCUGGCUUUACAUAAGACUAUCAUACAGUAUCGUCCAAUUCAUAUUGAUCCAGUUUCUAGAAAAAGAGUGCUGCGAUUAAUGGAAUAUUAUGAAACGAAAAGACCAGGGUCAGUAGAGAAAGAGAGGCCUGGACAUGAUUCACAGAAAUAUUCUCAAGAAGGCUACUCUGGCCAGAAGCUAUGCAUAUAUAUAAGAAAUUUUCCAUUUGAUGUCACAAAAGUUGAAGUGCAGAAGUUCUUUGCAGACUUUUCUCUUGAGGAGGAUGACAUUUACUUGCUUUAUGAUAGCAAGGGAGUUGGUUUGGGAGAAGCACUGGUGAAAUUUAGAUCAGAAGAACAAGCCGUGAAAGCUGAACGUUUAAACCGGCGAAGAUUCUUGGGGACAGAGGUGUUGUUAAGACUUAUAUCUGAGGCACAAAUGCAGGAGUUUGGUAUAAAUUUUUCCUUGAUGUCCAGUGAGAAAAUGCAAGACCAUUCAGAGCCACAUGAUAGAGAUGACCAUUCCCAUUCGUUUGACUCAAAAGAGCCACCAGUAUACUCAGCUGGCACUUCUGAAAACUUCAGGCAUCAGCUAGAGGACGUGAAGAAGCCAGAGAAUUUCAAGCAUCCCCAGGGAGAUUUCAGACAGUCUGAUAGGCGCCCUCCCGAAGACUUCAGGCACUCCCCAGAGGACUUCAGGCGCCCACCAGAGGACUUCAGGCACUCUCCAGAAGACUUCAGGCACCCUCAGGAGGAGCAUUUCAGGCGGCCUCCUGAGGAGGACUUCAGGCACCUUAGGGAGGAAGAAUGGAGGCGGCCUCCUGAGGAGGACUGGAGGCGGCCACCGAAGGAAGAUUUCAGGCGGCCUCCCAAGGAGGACUGGAGGCAGCCUGCUGAGGGAGACUUUAGGCGACCACCCGAUGAGGACUGGAGGCGACCACCCGAGGAGGACUUCAGGCGGCCUCCCCAGGGGGACUGGAGGCGUCCACCUGAGGGAGACUUCAGACGGCCCCCUGAGGAGGACUUCAGGCGGCCCCCUGAGGAGGAUUUUCGGCGGCCCCCUGAGGAGGACUUCAGGCAUUCUCCUGAGGAAGACUUCCGGCGGUCACCCCAGGAGCAUUUCAGGCGGCCACCUCAGGAGCACUUCCGGCGGCCACCCCAGGAUCAUUUCAGGCGGCCGCCCCAGGAGCACUUCCGGCGGCCAUCCCAGGAUCAUUUCAGGCGGCCGCCCCAGGAGCACUUCCGGCGGCCAUCCCAGGAUCAUUUCAGGCGGCCGCCCCAGGAGCAUUUCCGGCGUCCGCACCAGGAGCACUUCAGGCGGCCACCCCAGGAGCAUUUUAGGCGGCCACCGCAGGAGCAUUUCAAGCGGCCCCGAGAGGAAGAUUUUAGGCACCCACCAGAUGAAGAUUUCAGGGGCCCUCCGGAUGAAGACUUCAGGCACCCACCUGAUGAGGACUUCAGGAGCCCUCGGGAGGAAGACUUUAGAUGCCCUUCUGAUGAGGACUUCAGGCAGCUCCCCGAGGAGGAUCUUAGGGGAGCUCUGGAGGAGGACCCCAGACUUCCUGAUAAUUUUAGACCUGCUGGCGAGCAGUUUAGGAGCCCACCUGAUGAUUUUAGAAGUCAUCGCCCUUUUGUGAGUUUUGGUCGCCCAGAAGGUGGCAAGUUUGAUUUUGGAAAGCGUAAUAUGGGGGAUUUUCCUGAGGGGAGAUUUAUGCCUGAUCCAAAACUAAAUUGUGGUUCAGAUAGAGUAACUCCUAUUAAGAUAAUGAAUCUUCCAUUUAAAGCUAAUGUUAAUGAAAUUUUAGACUUUUUUCAUGGUUAUAAAGUCAUACCAGAUUCUGUUUCAAUACAGUAUAAUGAGAAAGGAUUACCCAUAGGGGAAGCCAUUGUUACUAUGAUAAACUACAAUGAAGCUGUGGCUGCUAUUAAGGAUCUAAACGAUAGGCCAGUUGGCCCGCGCAAAGUUAAGUUAAUUUUGCUCUAGAGAGAAUUUCUAAAUUCAGUACCUUCCCACAGUAUUGAUGCAGUAAAAUGCAUUUUUUUAAGUGUUUAUUUUUAAUUCUCUAAUGAAAAACAUUUUAAUUUGAUCUUUGAAUAGAACAAAUGUAAAUAGUAGAAUGUUAAUCUGGUUUUCUUUUGCUUGCAAAUUGUCAUUCACUUUUUCUAAUUUAAAAUUACAUAUGCCUUUUUGGACAGUGGGAGAAAGAACUAAUUUCUUGUUCAUUCUUGUUGAUGCGUUGGGUAAACCUCAAGAUUUGUAUAAAGUAGAGUUGUAUUUGGGGAAGAUAAAUUUUAUAUUCACUUUUGUUUCCAUUCUGUAGUCUUUAUGUCUUUUGGUCAGACUGUGUAAGGAAAUGGUCAGUGACUGUUCAGGUUUGGCAUUUUCUUUGCUACCUGUCUACAGACUUAAUGCCCUCUUGCCCAUCUCUGGGAUAUUACUGUGUUAAACCUUCUGUUAAAUAUAUGAUAGUUCAAAAUAGACUGUGAACCUGAAAUUUAUGUAAAAAGCUUAGGAGAUUCUUAAAGUUGCCAUGUUCAUAACUUUGCAAAGUUUUAUAAAAAUAAAAAAUUGCAACUGAAUAGAUUAAGCUUUACUUGUAUUUGUAUAAAAAGAUUUAACAUCUGGGUAUUGUGAAGUUUUUCAGCAGCUACGUUAAAUAAUAUUUAUGAUAGGUGCCAAACAUUAUAUAAUAGUGUAUAGUGCUAUGUCUAGUUCUGUGGCUUCUUGAACAUGUCAUCAACCAAACUGACAAGAUUAACUCAAAACACUUUUUAAAACAAAGAAUGUAGUUAUAGGCACAAAGGGACUUCCAGGCUUGUACUGGGAAGAAUCAGACAAAUGGAUAGUUUUUGUUUCUAGUAAAGAUUUACUGAUAAUUCAUACAACUUGUAUGUUUUAUUAUUUUCAUUUUGUAGUUUCAAAACUAUCCAUUCAGAAACUCAGUAACUAAGUAUAAUAAGAUUUUUGUGAGAUUGGAUUUUGUUGUCUUUGCUAUUCAAUAUCUAGCGUAGACAUUUUGCAAAUGCUGGAUUUUAUUUUCUACUCAUAAUAAUAUUUAUUGGGCACUUACUAUGUGUUGGGUACUAUAAGUGUUUUACAGACAUAAUCUCAAUACUCCCUAAGAAGCAUAGGGCUUAUUAUUUAUCUAAUUUCACAGAUGAAGAUAAUGAAGUUGAGAGAGGUUAAGCGGAAUGCCCAAAGUCAGUAGGUAAAUCAUGGAGCCAGUUUUAACCCACACAGACCACUGACCUCCAGUUCAUGCCCUUAACAUUUUUGCAGCCUCACUUUGUUAAAUAGUAUUUUGAAUUUUAGUGAAAACAUGCUAAAAUAUUUUAAGGGUAAAUGAUUAACAUAUUGUUUACUUCCAUUGUUGCUUUAAAAAUAGCACUGAAAAAAGAAAACUAGAGUGCUCAAAGAGUGCCAACAAAAGACAAAGUGACUUUAAAAGUUCUUACAUACUCAGGGUCUCUUGGACACAUAUGUUGGCUUCUGAUUCACACAGUGGAAGAUUACUCAUUUUAUCAAGCAUGAUUUGAUUUUGGUUGGCCUUUCACAGUUUACACAAAAAGUUAACUAUUCCUCCAUUCUUUGAUCCAGAGAUACUUAACACUGAUUGUUAUACUGGAAUAAAACUUGAAUUAUACUGAAUAUUCUGACUAUUUUGCUUGCUAUUAGAAUGAAUUAACUAUUAAAUUUGGCUCAGUAAUGUACCUUAAUAAGGCUUUUUUAAACUAGUAAGCUUAUGAAUAGCUAGGGGAAUGUUAAACUGUUUGAAAUAUCCAAAUGAAACACAA